UGGCGCCUCGGAUAUCUGGAGACUUCCGGUUCACGCUACCGUUCCUGCGAUUUUACAAAUUAUGACACUCAUAGACAAAUGAUUGCAGCGAUGCUAAGAGUAAUUGUCAGUUUCAGUCAUAAAAAAAUUAUAACAGUCGUUUCAAAAGACCGACAUGUGUUAGUUGUUCAUGAUGUGAAGACACAGGUUAACAAAAUCAGGAGUGCAUCUGAAAUAAUAAACGUCUACGGUUAAAUUACUGCGAGAGGGGAUUAACAGAUAUCUGCUAUCAUAAAACUAAAGCUCUAUACUUAAUAUGGCCACACUGCCGAUAAAAUAUAAUGUUAUCGUUCAUUUUCGUGUUUGACAACAUCCGCCAUUGUGGUGACGCUUGUGUGACGCCAUCAACAAGAGGGCGGGAAAGAGCGUGUGUACUUCAGGAGCUCGCGGGGCAGUCCGACUCUGGCAGGCCGACUGAGCAGUUGUCCUUGAGGGGUUUUAGAUAGCAAUGGCAAAAGUUGUGAUUAGUUAUUAUUUCGAUUCGGUUCAUGUAAUGAGAACUUAAGUAUACGUUACAGUUCCUCGGCUGACCAAACGCUAAACCCAUGAGUUCUGCGGGCGGUCGACGUCACAUUGGUGCGGGACACAGCAAUGGAGGGGGAGCGGUGCAAGGCUGUGUCCAGAAGGUUUAUUCCUCUGAUGAAUGCCUUAAUGACUCGCUGGGGGAUGAAAUGAUUGCCUUCCUCGCUGAUGGUGAAGGCCGACUGCACACGUAUGACGACCUCACCAAAGUCAACCCAGUGACACCAACAACAGUUCUGAGAUGCCUGCAGGCCAGGUACGGCAUGAAAGUGUUUUACACCCACGCUGGCUGUACCUUGGUGGCUCUUAACCCAUUCCGGCCUGUUCCUGACCUUUACUCCCUGGAUAUGAUGACAGGCUAUCACUGCACUCCCAAGCUGAAGGAGUCCAAGCCACACAUCUUCAUCGUGGCAGAGGAAGCCUACAGAAAUGUGAAGGGUCAGUUGGUGCCUGUGGACCAGUCCUUGGUGGUCAGUGGGGAGAGCGGGGCUGGAAAGACAUGGACCUCUCGUUGCCUGAUGAAAUACUACGCCACGGUAGCAGCCUCCUCCUCAGUGCUGGAGAGUCAGGACACUGUGGAGAGGAUAGAGCGGAGAGUUCUGGACUCCAACCCCAUUAUGGAAGCUUUUGGGAAUGCGUGCACACUCCGGAACAACAACAGCAGUCGCUUUGGAAAGUACAUCCAGCUCCAGCUUGACAGGCGUCAGCUGCUAGUCGGGGCAUCUGUGCAGACGUAUUUACUGGAGAAGACCAGAGUGGCCUGCCAGCCUGCUCAUGAAAGGAACUUCCACAUCUUUUACCAGAUGAUGAAAGAAGCCACAAAGGUGCAGAGGAAGGAGUGGCAUGUACCACACGGACACUCCUUUGUGUGGCUGCCAAACGCCGAAAAAAGCAUAGAGGAGGAUUCUUUCCAGGAGACUGUGGAGGCCAUGGACCACAUGGGUAUCAGUCCUGAGAGGCAGAGGCAGAUAUUUAGGGUGUUAGCCGGUAUUCUUCAUCUGGGGAAUGUGACAUUCUCCGUUUCGGCGGAUGAAUCCCAGCCAUGCGCCGUAAAGGAAAAGCCCAAAGACUCCUUGCAGAGGGCUGCACACCUGUUGCAAGUGGCUGCAGGCGAGCUUGAGACGUGUCUCAGCGUGAGGACUCUAAAAGCAGGGAAACAUAGCGUCCACAAGCCGUGUUCCCAGGCAGAGUGCUGCGUGAGGAGAGACUGCCUGGCCAAGGUCAUCUAUGCCCGAUUGUUUGAAUGGCUGCUGACAUUUAUCAACAACAGCAUUUGUGCUGACCAAUCCGUUUGGUGCAACUUCAUAGGUGUUCUAGAUGUUUAUGGCUUUGAAUGUUUCCAAAUCAACAAUUUAGAGCAAUUGUGUAUCAACUACGCCAACGAAAAACUCCAGCAGCACUUUGUGGCGCAUUAUCUACGAGCUCAGCAGGAGGAAUAUGUAUCGGAGGGAUUGCAGUGGUCCUUUGUCAAAUACCAAGACAACCAGAGCUGUCUAGAUCUUCUGGAAGGAAGUCCUAUCAGUGUGUUUUCCCUUCUUGAUGAGGAGAGCCGCCUUAAUCGAGCCGCCGAUGCCAAGGUGCUCAGGGUUCGCUUGGAGAAGGAGCUUAGUGAUAACAGCAGCAUCAGCUGGGAUACAUUCAGCAGGGUGCCACACUUCACUGUGGCCCAUUAUGCUGGCAAGGUCAACUACAGGAUCCAAGGCAUGGUGGAGAAAAACAAGGAUCCAGUGGCACCCGAGAUCAUCAGCAUACUUCAGAGGUCUGACAAUCCCUUUCUUCAGCAUAUUUUUGCAGAGGAGGAAACGGAGAACUCACCGAGCAAGGGGCUCAGUAAAGUCACUGUGGUCUCCAAGUUCAAGAACUCCCUGGAGAGCCUCAUGAGCAUCCUCCACACCACCACUCCUCAUUACACACGCUGCAUUAAACCCAAUUCUGACUGUAAGCCGUUCAUCUUCAAAAAAGAGGAGGUGAUCAUACAGUUGGAGGCCUGUGGGAUAGUGGAGACCAUUCAUAUAAGUGCUGCUGGCUUCCCUAUAAGAAUUCCUUUCAAGUGCUUCACGCAACGCUAUGGAGCCAUUCUUAAAUGCUCAAGUUUCCAGUCACAAACUCCUCAUCUUACCCAGGCCGCCAGCGACGGUGAUGUUCUUCUGCAGGAGGUGCAGAAGGUCCUGGACUUGGUGUGGCAACACGACAUUAAAAGUCAACCCAAAUCUUUGGUGCAUUGUGGAAGGACUAAAGUUUUUCUCACUCACUCAAUGCUAGAUUUACUGGAGGAUAGGAGGAAGAAGAUUCUCUCAAAGUGUGCCUUCACCAUUCAGUGCUGCUGGAUGCGGUACGGGCGCCGCAGACGCCACGAGCGGCGGCAUUCUGCGAGUCUGAUCCAAGCAGCGGUGAGAUCUUGGCUCGUCAGGAGGCGGAUCCAGAGAUGGGACAGAGCAGCAGCACUUAUUCAGAAAUCCUGGAGGAAGUGGAGGGCACGCUUGAAAUCUUUGGCUGAGGCAGAGCUUGACGAUGCGGAGGACCUCAUGCCGGAAGGUGUGCCAGAAGGGAACCCGGUAAUUAGGGAGCUGGGCUCCGUACAGCUCUCAACCAUCCAGGAACUCAUCACGGUGCGAGGCUGGCCCGUGGGGCUGGCUUUGGCGUCUGCGCCGUCCAUCUCCGUGUCCUUGACAGCCACGGGCUUCCAGAAGAUGAAGUCUGUGGUGGCUGCUCUCAAACUGCCCUCCAGGAGAGGAGAAUACAAGGUGGAGACCAACCAAAACAUGCAGGGGGUCGCCUCCAUUAGGGCUCAACCAAAGGGAUCCGUAAAGCUGCACUGCCAGCGCUCGCCCCUUCUCUACGCAGACAGGCAACCAGAGCUGGGGAACGGCGUGACAGGCUUCAAUGAAAUCCUGCUGGAGAAGACUCUAUAGCGGGGGUGUCCACACUUUUUCCACCAAGGGCUGCGGGGGCAUAUCCAAAAAAAAUCUAACCCUGCUGGGAUCAGUCGGCUUGUCGAGCAUUCCCUGCGUGUGUACAACUCAUUCAGCUCACCUCCGUAAACGCCUUCUCCUCCGAUUUCAGAUCAACAUUUGCAAUAAAAACAUAGAUUAGUUCCAGCUGCAAUAACGCUGCCCUUCUCCCUUGAAAUACCAUCGCUCGCUUGCGCCGAAGAAAGCCAACAGGCUAAAUAGUCGAGAGUUGUGGUUGCUCGCUGAAUUCACGUCACGCACUCAAACC